UUUGGCCGUUAGGCUGCGUUCAUCAGGAAUAAACUGGAACAGGAACACAGCGAUCUACUGUAACAGAACUCCAGGAUGCUUUGCCUGAAAGAUGAACUGUUUGUUAAAGUUUUCCAGCACAUUGUUGUCAUCCUCCUUACACACUGCUGUGGAGGUCAGUCUCUGGUUGGGGGUCCACCUCCUCCAGUAGCAGCAUUAGUCGGUGAGGACAUCCUCUUGCCGUGCUGCCUGGACCCUGCAGCAGAUGCUGUUUCUAUGAUUAUAGAGUGGGGGAGACCUAACCUGAAACCCAGAUUUGUCCACGUGUGGCAUGAAGGUCAAGAUCUUCUGGUGAACCAAAACCCGUCUUACAAAGGGAGGACAUCGCUGUCCACUGACAAACUGAAGCAUGGAGACCUUUCACUGAGACUCUCCAAAGUAAAAGUGUCUGAUGGUGGAACAUACAGAUGCUUCAUACCAAAACUCAGCCGAGAAUCUACUGUGCAACUUAUUGUUGGCUCUGUCUCCUCACCUGUUAUAACUGGGAUUAACAUAAGCAGCAAUGCAGGGGUUCUACAGUGUGAGUCUAAAGGCUGGUAUCCAGAGCCUGAGGUGGUCUGGCUGGACGGUGAGGGAAACCUCCUCUCUGCUGGACCUACAGAGACAGUCAGAGGUCCUGAUGACCUCUAUACUGUCAGCAGCAGAGUGACUGUGGAGAAGAGACACAGCAACAACUUCACCUGUAGAGUCCAACAGAAGGACAUCAACCAGACCAGAGAGACACACAUUCAGAUUACAGGAUUCAUCAUCUCAGAAGAAUGCACCACGGCAUCAAGUUCAGCUGCUCGUAUCUGCAUUAUCUUGGCUGUUGUCGUCAUAUGUGUUCUGGCAGUUGUUAUCAUAUGGAAAUGGCAACAAAACAAAACCAGGACCAUGAUGCACCCUGUGGAUGAAACUGAACAAACAAGAGAGCAGCUGAUGGCCAACAGUGACAGCGAGAAGGAUUCAGAAGAGAAAAAGACCAAAGGUUAUAAACAGUUACAGAAGAAAGAGGAAGAACAGAAAGACUUUGUACUGGUAGUUCAAACAUUAAAGGAGCAGAUGAAGGAACUGGAAAAACUCAAAGAUCAACUCAAAAGUCAAAAUGAGGACAUGGAGAGACAGAGGGAAGAAAGUGAGAAGAAGCUUAAGUCAGUGGAGAAUGAAUCAGAACAGGACAGAGCAAAGGGAUACUGGGAACUGAAAGAAAUCAUAUUGCAGGACAAAAAGAAAAUUAACCAGAGAAAACACGAACAUGAACAACUGCUACUGAACACACAGACACUACUGAACAGAGGAGAACGUGUGCUACAGGAAAUAAAGAACGGAGAACCACAUGGAGACAAUCAGUGUGUGACUGGAGAGAAAGACACAGGAAGUUAGGAUUCAGAGAAAAGUCCAGUUAAACUUAAAUCAGUGUGACAGACCUCAUUCCUGAUCUUUAUCUUUAAAGGUUCCAAAGAUAUGAUGAUUCAUUCAUAUUGAGCUUUUAAAACAUCCAACAACAAAAUGUUAUACAUGUAAGUCAUUCACACUUUUUUAUGUUGUCAAACGAUUGUUUACAUCAAUGAUAAAAUAUCAAGCAUCCUGAUAUGUCAGAUUUUAUUACAGGAAUAAUAGAGUUAGAAUCUGGUCAAGCAGCAAUAAAACAGUUACUUUUUAAUGAGAAUGAUGAUUUGUUGGUUUUUUAGUUGAUUAAUUAACUUUUGUGAAGCAAUCUGUAAAAUGAUUUUG